AUGCUUCAUGAAAUUGGAACCUUGUAUAAAAUUGCAGCAUUUUUACUCAACCAGUUUGGAAAACCUGUCACUGUUGAUAGUGAGUUAUCUUUAAAAAUAAUCGAUCGUAUGAAAAGCCUCAAAAAUACAGAUAACACGUUAGCAAAAGAGGUCGAAGAAAAGGGAUGGUUGAGGAAGAAAAUCGUAUUUCAACGCAUAAACAGCCAUGAUUUAUCUGACUUUCCACAACUAGAUGAGACUCAAUUAAAAUUAUUUUUCACUGGAUCGUAUCAAUACAGCCAAGCAAUUGCUUAUCUUGCUGAAAUAUUAGACAACGAUAAUACACUACAUAUAGAUUUUGUUAAAGAUGAAUCUAAUAUUUUGAAACUUUGUGUGCGAUCAAGACAUAUAGCACGAAAAUCUUACAAGUGUUUUAUUGAAUAUAUUCCUCAAAAGCACGAAUGUGAUGGAAUCACUAGGCAUUUUUGUGAAUGCCCAAAUGGACGUCGCACGUUAGCAACCAUUCUUCUAGCAACGUACGUUUCGGCAGAUUCUUUAGAUAAUCAACUCACUACAGUCGAUUCAGUAUUUGGUAUAUCUGCGUCUUCUAUUACUUCGGUACUUAUGGAAUACAUGGGCACAAUAGUAGAGUACCUUUUCGAAAUGUUUGACCUAAAAAUGCGUACUAUAAGAUUCUUGGUUUCGCUAUACACCGAUGAAAACUUACAUUUGUUUAAAAGGUACAUAAAUAUUAGCCAAAGUUUUAUUGGCUGGUUAGCAAAUGUGAUUCCGGAUAGCACGCAUGAAGCCACCUUCAGAUUCUUGACGUAUUUGUUCCCGCAAGAAGACCAAUCAGACCACGAAAAACCUCAUCCAGAACCAGCAAUGCCGUCUUUGAUACAUAGUAUGUCCCUUGGUGACUAUCCCUCAGGUAGAGAAAAUAGGUUGGAAGAAGAUCAAAAAGUGGCUGACGUCAGUCCAUUCGCUGAUCAAGUUCUAAGUUUGAAUAAUCUAAUAAAUGCUCGCAGUUCUAUGAAUAGAAGAAAAUAAGAUUGUAUGGUUAGGAAAU